CAGCGGGUAUUCUGAAGUAACGGGGCCGUGUAGAGGCACCCUGAGGGCCUAGUCCCAAGUUUGCCUGGCAGCUGUGUGGGAGGAGUGACGGUCAGUUUGGCCUCAUUCAUUCAAAGAGUCAGAGUAGAGUCAGAAAAAGGAAAGAGCAGGAGAACACACCCAGAAAGGCAGCACUGAUUGAUACAAAGUGCAAUCCGCCCAUUUCCCAGCAGAAGGAAGUGAAACUAAACUCUCUGGACUUUGCACCAGAAGCCAUGGCUGCUGUGAAUCCAGCAAAGACGCUCCAGGAUGAAGUGACCUGUCCCAUUUGCCUGGAUUAUUUCAACGAUCCGGUGUCUCUUGACUGUGAUCACAACUUCUGCCAAGCCUGCAUCACGCAGUCCUGGGGGGGGCUCACUGCAGACGUCUCCUGCCCUCAGUGCAGACGGGCCUUUCCCCAGGGGAACCUCAGGCCGAACAGGCAGCUGAGGAGUAUUGUGGAGGCAGCCAGAGAACUCAGGUUGCAGGCAGGGAGGGAACGUGCCGCAGAGAGACUGUGUGAGAAACACCAGGAGCCUCUCAAACUCUUCUGCAGGGAGGAUGAAAUCCCCAUCUGCCUGGUGUGCGACAGAUCCAAGGGGCACCGAGGUCACACCGUGAUUCCUGCCGAGGAAGCUGCCGAAGAAUUCCAGGAAAGGCUCCAGGCCCAUCUGAAGACGCUGAGAGCCGAGCGAGAAAAGCUGCUGGGACUGAAAGGGAGCAGAGAGAAGACCAGCCAGGAGUACCUGAAACGGACACGAGCCGAGCGGCAGAAGAUUGUGGCCGAGUUUCAGCAGCUGCGGCAGUUCCUGAAGGAACAAGAGCGACUCCUGCUGGCCCAGCUGCAGAAGCUGGACGAGAUGAUCGUGAAGGCACAGACUGACACUGUCACCAAACUCUCAGAGCAGAUUUUCCAACUUAGCGAGCUGAUCGGGAAGCUGGAGAAGACUUAUCAGAAGCCAGCGAGUGAAUUCCUGCAGAACAUCAGAAGCACUUUGAACAGGUGUGAGGAGAGGCAGGCCCAGCAGCCGGAGGAGAUGGCUCCUGAACUGGAAGAACAAGUCCGUGGUUUCUCCCAGAAAGUGAUUGUGCUGUCGGAGACGCUGAGGGAGUUCAAAGGCACGCUGCCGGCUGCCCUGGGGGCGCAAAGUGGGGAACCCCUAAGAGCGCACGGACCAGCCAACGUGACUCUGGAUCCAGACACGGCGCAUCCCCAGCUCCUCCUGCACAGGGACGGGAAACGUGUGAGAUGGGAACAGAGACGGCAGCCACGGCCCGACCCCCCGGAGAGAUUUGACUCUGUGUUCUGUGUGCUGGGCCGGGAGGGCUUCACCUCGGGGCGACAUUGCUGGGAGGUGGAGGUGGGGGACGGGCGAUUCUGGGCUGUGGGGGUGGCCAGAGAGUCUGUGGGCAGAAAGGGAGGGAUCAUCCUGGGCCCCCGGGGCGGGAUCUGGGCUGUGCGGUGGUGGGGGGAAGAGUUCCAGGCUCUGACAGAUCCUGCGACCCCCCUGUCCCCGAGUCUCAACGACAGGAUCCGGGUUUGCCUGGACUGUGACCGGGGGCAGGUGACAUUUAUCGAUGCUGGUUCCAAGGCCCCGAUCUUCACUUUCCCGCCGGGCUCCCUCCCUGGGGAGAGAAUCCGACCCUGGGUCUGGGUGGGGUCAGGAUCCCAGCUCAACCUGUGCCCCUGAAAUCAGCCUCUGGCAUCACGCACACCAGGAUCUAUGACCGUGGAGGACUCCCCUCUACUCAGCCCCUGGCUCCUCAUCUCUAUGAUCCCUGAAACCUCCUUCCCUGCAGCCCCAGGGAUGGAGGGGCGCAUGGGGGAAGAACCCCUGGGUCUGCAGGAGGGGCAGAGGUGGGGGCUGGGCAGGGAAAAAUCUAACAGCCGGGCUGGGUACAGGCAGAGGUGGUGGCUGGGCAGGGGACAGAUUUCACAGCCGGGCUGGGGACAGGUAGAGGUGAGAGUCAGCCAGGCACAGAACUAACAGUCGGGCUGGGGAGAGGUAGAGGUAGGGGUUGGGCAGGGGACAGAAUUCACAGCCGGGCUGGGGACAGGCAGAGGUGGGAGCUGGGCAGGGGACAGAAUUCACAGCUGGGCUGGGGACAGGCAGAGGUGGGGGUCAGGCUAGUGCCGGGCAGUAAACAAUAAAACCAGACUAAAGGGCGAGUCCUGGUGAAAUGUUGCCACACAGGGAAGGAAAGCCAGGCCGUCCAGUGUCUAUGGCAGGAAAACCACCCUGGGGCAGCCGGAGAGGAAGGGAUAUAUUCAAGGGAGCAGCUGCGUGGGAUGGUCUGUGACAGGGAAGGCCGGAGAGUGGGAGAGUCCCAGGAAAAUAAACAGGGCACGGCAGAGAAAUGCCGAGUGCAAAGGACAGACCAGGCAGCAUGGGAAAGAAGGAGGUUCAUUCAAUGUAACUGCAAAGGAGACUGUGGCUCAGUGGUUCCCAAACUUUUCAGCAUCACUCGCCCUUUUUGACGUUUGAGAAACUCUCUUGCCUCACCACCUCUUCUUUACCAUCAUCCAACCCUCCCCCCCUUAACAAAAAAAUCAAUUUGUAAUUAAAAAUCAACACAAGCACUUGGUAUACAGAAUUUGAUUUAAAAUUAAAAAUACGCACAAAUAGGUUUUCUUGGCACAAAACUUGAGUAAAAAUCUAAUGUAACAUGAGAAAUCGCAGAAACUAAACACAUUUCAUGGGACAGAGGAUGCUGCGUGUUCUUCGCGAGUUGGGACAUCCUAGGUUUGAAAUGAGGGAGGGA